UAGAGCCCAAGGUUCAGAGUCACCCAUCUCAGCAAGCCCAGAAGCAUCUGCAAUAUCUACGAUGGCCUCACCCUUUGCUUUACUGAUGGGCCUGGUGGUGCUCAGCUGCAAGUCAAGCUGCUCUCUGGGCUGUGAUCUGCCUGAGACCCACAGCCUGGAUAACAGGAGGACCUUGAUGCUCCUGGCACAAAUGAGCAGAAUCUCUCCUUCCUCCUGUCUGAUGGACAGACAUGACUUUGGAUUUCCCCAGGAGGAGUUUGAUGGCAACCAGUUCCAGAAGGCUCCAGCCAUCUCUGUCCUCCAUGAGCUGAUCCAGCAGAUCUUCAACCUCUUUACCACAAAAGAUUCAUCUGCUGCUUGGGAUGAGGACCUCCUAGACAAAUUCUGCACUGAACUCUACCAGCAGCUCAAUGACUUGGAAGCCUGUGUGAUGCAGGAGGAGGAGGUGGGAGAAACUCCCCUGAUGAAUGCGGACUCCAUCUUGGCUGUGAAGAAAUACUUCCGAAGAAUCACUCUCUAUCUGACAGAGAAGAAAUACAGCCCUUGUGCCUGGGAGGUUGUCAGAGCAGAAAUCAUGAGAUCCCUCUCCUUAUCAACAAACUUGCAAGAAAGAUUAAGGAGGAAGGAAUAA